ACGAAAGCUAUUAUGAAAGUGCAUACAAUAACAAGUCAAUUACAGUUUUUAAUAUUAAAAUCCAAAGCAAAAGUCAAAACAAAAGCGGUGCAGCAACACCAGCCACGGCAGCUGUUAAUUAAAUUUCCAAGGCAACAGCAACCGCAACAACAACAACAAACAAUAAAACAAACAGCGAAUGCAGCAGUAGAAAAAGCACCCAAGCAACAAAAAGAAGUAAGCAAACAACAACAACGCAACACCGAGGGCGACGAGCAUUUGUGGUGCAACAAUUUUACUUUACUGCAAUUGAAACGUAGCAAAUUGGCUAUCACAGAACUGACAGAUUUGCUGCGGCUAAAGUCGACCCAGUUGGUCAACGACGCAGUGCCAGAAAAUAAAUCAAAAUUAAAUUCUUUAAGACGGAGGGACUAACAUUCGCAUUGCUGGCGGGCCCCAUGGGCCAGGCUGCAAGUAUGUGCCGAUUUCGUGGAUGUCGAUAUAAAAAGAAUAAGACUACUAAGAAUACAACAACAACAACAACUGCUGCGACAACAGCGGCAGAAACCCCAGAGGCAACAACAACAACGGCGGCAAGCUCGACAACGGCAGCGACAACGACGCAAAGUUUGCCCGAAUCAGGCUUACAGCUGCGAAGCAUUGAAGAGCCGAGUUCGCAGUACCAAACACAAGCACACCAUCACCACCACCACACAGGCCGAAUGCCUGCGGCGGAGCAGGGGGGCACAGGGUGCGUAACCUUUGAUAGCGCCAAUGCGUUAAGUCCGCGCACCGGUGUCCCCCUGCAACUGCAAACAUCGCAACAUCAAUAUCAUUACCAACAGCAACAACAAAAUCCGCACACCAUGCAACAUACAACACAGAAAGGCUUUGAUGCCGAACAGGCGCGCAUGGAAGCGUGGAUGGAUGAGAAUCAAGAUUUUGUACAGGAUUAUUUUAUAAGAAAGGCCACACGCCAGGUUGUUGAUACUUGGCUCGUGUCACAUGCCACCUCCGCUGGAAAUGAUGUCUCUUUGACUGGCUCACCUACACACACCAACGGUCAGAGUUGCUCAUCACGUGGCGGAUCAGGAGCGACAACACCAGUGAGAAAAAUUUCAGCACACGAAUUUGAACGCGGCGGUCUGCUGAAGCCAAUUGUCAAUACCAUUGAUGGUACACCGACAUUCUUAAGUGUAGGCACACAAAAUGAUUGCUCAUCAAAUAGCAACAAUAUUGGCGGGAGUAAUGGCAAUAACAUUGGCACUGGCGGUGGCAACUGUAAUACAGCCAAUGGCACGGGCACAAUGGGUGCUCAUCACUAUCAUCAUCAUCAUCAUGGGCAGACGGGUCAUGGCAUUGGCGGUAUGGGCUACUAUCGGCCACAACGUUUGUCACGCAACGAACUGAAGGCGUUGGAUGAGAAGGAGCUCAUUUUUGAAUUGGUAAAGGAUAUCUGCAACGAGCUGGAAGUGCGCACUUUGUGUCAUAAAAUCCUGCAAAACGUUUCGAUUUUGUUGAAUGCCGAUCGUGGCUCAUUGUUUCUGGUACAAGGACGUUGCAGCACCGGCAAUGAUGGACCCAAAAAAUGCCUCGUUUCCAAACUGUUUGACGUUUGUCCACGCAGCACCGUGGAAGAGAUGGAGCAGCAGGAAGAAGUGCGCGUUGCUUGGGGCACUGGCAUUGCUGGCCAUGUGGCUGAGAGCGGUGAACCAGUGAAUAUACCGGAUGCAUAUCAGGAUGAACGUUUCAAUGGCGAAAUCGACAGUCUAACUGGCUACCGCACAAAGGCGCUUCUUUGUAUGCCUAUUAAGGAUUCAUCCGGCGAUGUUAUCGGGGUGGCACAGGUCAUCAAUAAAUUAAAUGGUGAAUGUUUCACAGAGGCCGAUGAGAAGGUAUUCGCUGCCUAUCUGCAAUUCUGCGGCAUUGGCUUGCGUAACGCUCAGCUUUAUGAGAAAUCUCAACUGGAAAUUAAACGCAAUCAAGUGCUGCUCGAUUUGGCGCGUAUGAUCUUCGAGGAGCAGAGCACAAUUGAGCACAUGGUAUUCCGUAUACUCACACACAUGCAGAGCCUCAUACAGUGUCAGCGUGUGCAGAUUUUGUUGUUGCAUGAGGCAUCGAAGGGCAGCUUCUCGCGUGUGUUCGACUUUGAAGCGAAUGAUCUCAGCCACGAGGAGAAUACGUCACGGACGAGUCCGCAUGAGUCGCGUUUCCCCAUAAAUGUUGGCAUCACCGGCUAUGUGGCUACCACCGGUGAGACUGUGAACAUACCAAAUGCUUACGAAGAUGAUCGCUUUGACGCCAGCGUCGAUGCUGAGGGCAACUUCAAGCACAAGUCCAUAUUAUGUAUGGCAAUCAAAAAUUCCCUUGGUCAAAUUAUUGGCGUCAUACAGUUGAUAAACAAAUUUGAUGAUCUGAACUUCACCAAAAACGAUGAGAAUUUCGUCGAGGCCUUUGCCAUUUUCUGCGGCAUGGGCAUACACAAUACACACAUGUACGAGAAGGCGAUUGUGGCCAUGGCCAAGCAGAGUGUGACAUUGGAGGUGCUGAGCUAUCAUGCAUCGGCGACCAUUGAUGAGGCGCACCGGUUGCGGCGAUUACGCGUUCCAUCUGCUGCCCAUUUCCGGCUACAUGAUUUCCGUUUCGAUGACAUACAUUUUGAAGAUGAUGAUACGUUGAAGGCCUGUCUCCGCAUGUUCCUCGAUCUGGACUUUGUCGAACGUUUCCACAUCGACUACGAGGUGCUUUGCCGUUGGCUGCUGAGCGUAAAGAAAAAUUAUCGCAACGUUACUUAUCAUAAUUGGCGGCACGCCUUCAACGUGGCACAAAUGAUGUUUGCAAUACUGACGAUUUCCCAUAAUGGGCAGGCGACGCAGUGGUGGAAGAUUUUCGGCGAAAUCGAAUGCUUGGCGCUGAUCAUUGGCUGUUUGUGUCACGAUUUGGAUCAUCGGGGGACUAAUAACUCCUUCCAGAUUAAAGCCUCCUCACCUUUGGCUCAAUUGUAUUCGACCUCCACCAUGGAACAUCAUCAUUUCGAUCAGUGUUUGAUGAUUUUAAAUAGUCCCGGCAAUCAGAUUCUGGCAAAUUUGUCAUCCGAUGAUUAUUGUCGCGUUAUACGGGUAUUGGAAGAUGCCAUAUUGUCGACGGAUUUGGCGGUGUAUUUUAGAAAACGUGGCCCAUUUCUGCAAUCCGUGCAGGAACAACCGCUCAGCUAUUGGGAGGAUGAAGAGCCGCGUGCCCUGUUGCGUGCUAUGAGCAUGACUGUCUGUGAUUUAUCGGCCAUUACCAAGCCAUGGGAUAUUGAGAAGCGUGUGGCCGAUUUGGUGAGUUCGGAGUUCUUCGAACAGGGCGAUAUGGAGAAGCAGGAACUAAAUAUUAUGCCCAUUGAUAUCAUGAAUCGCGAGAAGGAGGACGAAUUGCCAAUGAUGCAAGUUAACUUUAUUGAGUCUAUUUGCUUGCCAAUUUACGAGGCUUUUGCAAAUCUCUCCGACAAACUGGAACCGCUGGUCGAAGGUGUGCGCGAUAAUCGCGAGCAUUGGAUCGAGCUGGCACAACAAGUACAAAAGAAAGAGAAAAGUUCAAGCACCACCAAUGGUUGCGCGGAGACGGCAAAUCAGAAUGGUUGCAUUUCAGAUGGACGCAGUGACUUGACCGACGAAAUCGGCACGACAGUCGUUGCGAAUUGUGAUAGCAAUGCCGAUGAUGGCAUAUCAACAGGCGCUGAAUGUGAGAUAGAUGAACAAAGUGAUAGUAAAAAUCUGGAAGCCAGUAGCCAAAUCAACAAUGAGAACGAUGAUAAUGACGAAGACGAUGAACAGUUGUGCGCGGAGGAGGAGGAGGCAGGCAUUGAAGCGGAUGAUGAUGAUUCGGAUGUAGAGGCGUCACGUCAUUCCAAUGGUUGCUUUUCGUCCGGUUCGAGUAGGUUGAGCACGCCACCGCCCACAGGGGAAGACGACAGCAUACCCACCUCGCCGGCUAAGAUGGCGCAAGCCAAACUAAUAGCAGCAAAUUUGAAUAAUCUUAAUCAGCGUACGCUGAAGUCGUCGCGCACGAGCUGUCGCAAUUGUGAUUACAUGCGCUGCAACAGUACAAUGCGGAAGACCUCCUCGCUCAAGUGUCCCAAAGAGCUGCAGCAGCAAUUGAAUACGCAAACACAGAAUGGCGGCAGUUGUGGCUACUACAGCCGGAGUGCGCCCUCAAUGAGCGGUUGUGGCAUGACCAAUGCAUCAAAUUGUGGGCAACAAAAUCACAGCAAUAGCCUAAGUCAACCACUGCAGCAGCAACAGAAUCAUUAUCAUCAUCAUCACCACCACACCCACCACCAUCAUCGGCAUCAUAGCCACCAACACCAACACCAUCAUCACCACCACAACAACCAACAUGCACUGCAUAGCGGCAAUGGCGGUGCCAUCGGUACCGGCAAUACUUCGAGCGGCGCCGAAAGUGAUAGAAUACCAAAAAUAGUCGGUAAGCUGGGUAAUAUUGAUAGUCUGCAAUACCUGGCCAUUGGCGGUAAUGGCGCCGGUGAAGCUCUGCUCCAUGCAAAUGCGGUCAGUGGCACACCGAACGGUAUCGCCUUCACCCCAAAUGGACACGUCACCUAUUUCGCCGCCAGUGAUGUGCCUGUGGGGCUGCCCACAAUAACAGUAGCGACGACAGGGACGGCGACGACGACGGCGACAAGCGCAUGUGAUAAAUGAAGAGUGUAGUCUUAGCGAAAGUUUAAGAAGUUUCGAUUUCGUAUAUCAUAGAUACCUAGUAUGUAUGGAGUACUUGUAUAGGCGUGCAUAUGUGUAGAUAUGUACAUUCGUAGCUCUAAAUGCGAAAGGAAAGUGUGUUUGUAGGCGCGGCGAUCAGUGCACAGUUUCGCUGAUCGAAGCAAAACACAAAUUUCGUUUGGUAAGAGUUGUUGCUAUGUACAUAUCGAUCAGUGCAGUGUGUAGUGAGUCUGUUAAUGGCUAAAUACCGUUAAAUGUAUUUAACGUAGCAAAAAUUUUGUAUGUAAAAUAAUUAAUAGUUCUCGGAUAAUCUGUAACGCAAAGAAGAGAUAGAAACACUUUUGCUCCUCUGUAAACACUAAAAUUAGCGUAAGCUUUCGGUGCAGUGCUAAUUAUUUCAAAAUAUGGAACAUGUUUUGCUUAAAAGACCUAAUAAAGCAGUUUAAUCGAAAGGCAUUGGCGUGUGUUGCUAAACGAAUUUUGGUGAUGGCUUAUUGAACUAAAAAAAUUGUUUAUUAAAAAAAUUAAAUCUCAUUAAAAAAAAUUUAAAUUAAUUAAAAAGCAUAAUAAAUUAAAUUUUUUAAUUAAACAAUUUUUUGCUUUACAAUUUCCAAAAUGUUUCGUUUGAUUCAAAUGUUUGAAAAUUUUCAAAAAUUUUCUCUGACUCAUUAAAUAAAAAAAAAAUAUUAAGAAAAUUUUCAAUUAAUUAAAGAACAAAUUAAUUAAAUU